UCUUCACCAACGUCCACACGACUAUGUGGUUCACUAUGAGGGAACUUGGAAUCAUUUUGUUCAUUUUUGCUCUAAACCACAACAUUCAGGCCCAAACUCUGAAACCAGAGGCCUGCAGUCUGAAACCAGAUGAAGGGACGGGAGAGGAGGUUGUGAUUUAUAUGCACUACGAUGAAGAAAAAGACACUUGUCAACCAUUUCGGUACAGCGGGCAGGGUGGAAAUGCAAACCGUUUCAUAACUGAGAAGCAGUGCAUGAGAAACUGUUCAGACAGAGCUGAUCAGCUGUACCCUCAAGACGACAAACUAGCUUGCAUGCUUCCAAAAGAAGUGGGGAAAUGUACUGGUCGCUAUCUCAGGUAUUACUACAGUCCUGAACAUCACACAUGUAAGUCUUUCUACUGGACCGGAUGUGAGGGAAACGGAAACCGAUUUUUCUCACUUGCCCGGUGCAAUGCCACGUGUUUCAAUAUAGCAGAUCUAGGCCUAGAGGACUAUUCAGGUGAAUCAGAUGUACCAGUCGGAAUUAUCUUGGGCGUUGUGUUUGGCCUUAUUGGUGCCGUUAUUCUCGUUGUGGUGAUUGUCUUUGCUGUCAAGAAGAAGCCUAGCUCGAAGAAACGUCAGAAAAAAGAUGGGAAGUCAGCAGAGCAGCCGCUGAAAGAGCAGGCCAUUGAGAUGGGAGGAGGGGAAGCACAGCCAGCCACUCUUGAAAUCUCUACAGCCCAAAAUUGAAAUAUAUGAACUUAAAGGGAUAGUUCACCCAAAAAUGAAAAUUUGAUGUUAAUCUGCUUACCCCCAGGGCAUCCAAGAUGUUGGUGAUUUUGUUUCUUCAGUAAAACACAAAUGAUGAUUUUUAACU